AUGGUAUCAUCAAGUGUACAAGCCAUCCUAAAGACGCUCAAUCUCCCCGAGAUGGGACCUCUGCAGAGCGUCAAAUGCGCUGCCAACACGCCCAUCUCGGCAGGACCCAGUGAUCCCACCUUUCUGGAUGAAGCUGGGCCGUCACGCGACAACUCGCCAAAGAUGUCACCCGAGGACGAGCGGGACCUACCUCGGGUGCCAAUUCAGUCAGUAUAUCAUCUCACAAAGCUGAGUUCACUGCGGUCAUUAGAGACCGGUGAGGAGCCGUCAAAUCAGCCGACGCUGGACGGCGCUCCAUCAGAUCUGAUUUCACAGGGCCUCGUCUCCCUCGACGACGCCGAACGCCUCUUCCACUCGUACACUACCCGUUUGGAUCACUACAUGUACGGUGUGGGUGCUAAAUACAGCACGCUGGCGGCAUUGCGACGCAAGAGUUCCAUCCUCACCGCAGCGAUCCUUACCGUCUCGGCCAUGCACGAGUUUCGAAGCAACAACAUUUACCUGAUAUGCAAUCGAGAGUUCCGCAGACUCAUGACCCAAUCUCUCUUCGAUCGGCACAUAGACCGAGACCAUUUGCGCGCCCUGUGCAUAGCAUCAUACUGGCUGAACGACUCGUCGUGGAUGUUGGUGGGCGUGGCGUCUCGCCGAGCAGCGACUUUGGACAUCACUGCCCAGUUCCGUCGGCUCCAAACAGAAAACAGCGAAGAUGCGGCCGACUAUCUCCGGAUUUGGUAUCUCAUCUACAUUUGCGACCAACACUUGUCGACCCUCUAUGGUCGGCUCAGCGAGACCCGUGAAGACGCCGCGAUCCAGCAAUACAAUGUGCUCUUGGAGGCCCGGACUGGGACAGUUGGAGAUCAGCGCCUCUGCAGCCAGGUGGCAUUGUUGACCAUUCAUCACAACAUCCGAGAUCUUUUCGGACCGGAUUCCGACAAGCCCAUUCCUGUCGUUUUCUUGCCGCAAAUCAAGAGCUUCUCCCGCCAGAUCGAUCAGUGGCUCGGUCACUGGUCAACGCUCUUCCCAGGUCAGAACCUCUCCUUACUUCGAAUUGGCUCCAGGCGCAAAGCUAAUACCAUCUCAAUCACAGAGGUACAAGAACACUUCGGCCACUUCCCCCGCAAAGGUGCUUUGUUCCACUGCCAUUUUGCAAAACUGUUCCUCUACUCCCACGUCUUCCGAGGAUUGCGAGACUCGGCCGUUCCACCUCCCUUCCUCGAAGCAGCCCAUGGCGCAGCGACAGCGGCUCUAUCCAUUAUCAACAUGAUCCUUUCGGAUUCUGAUGUCAGAGCCGCCCUCGUCGGCCUGCCCUGCUACGCACUGUCCAUGGUUGGAUUCGCCUGCAUGUUUCUCGCUCGACUGACAUCGAUCCAUGGCAACGACCUCGUCGACAGGAGUGUCGUGAUCGACGUGCUAUCACAACUGACACUUGUCUAUCGUGCAGCACAAGUUGGAAAGUGGCAUCUUGUGCAUCACAUGGCCAAUGGUCUAGACAGGAUAUUGGGGGUUCUUCGGCAACCACCCCGACACAGCAACUCCAACUAUUCCCAGAUGCCUCGGCCUGGAAUGACGGCGGCGCCAGACCAGACAGGCAUGUCGUUCGGGUUUGAUGACAUGAGUGGCCAUUUGGACAUGUCGAUGCUCAAUCCCGACGUGAAUCUUCUGAUGGACCAUGGCAUGGGCCUCGGCGUACCCCAGCACAUCUACUUUGGCGGCGACGGCCUUGGCUUUGACGAAUCACCGACUGGAAUAUUAUGA